AUGCAUUUCUACCUUUUAAAUUGUUUUCGAGUUUUUCUGAAAUUCUUCUUUCCUCUCAUCUCUCUUGGCAAUCGUAAGCGACACCCGUGCACCACAAAGUUUAAUCUAUCUUCGCGACUCCGAUGCUGCAUGUUUCUUACAUUGAACACUCUUUUAGACCCCGUUCAGCAAAUUUCUGAUGAAACAAGCUCCAAAGAUCACAUGAUAGCUACCUCCCCAAUGCUGACUCCGACGAUAAGCCUGGUAACUUCAAAUCGGAUUUCAAAACCCGCCGAUUUAAAAUCGAAAUCAAAACCGGUUUCCAAACCGAUGCAUAAUAAUAUCAUUCUAGGGUCACGAUACCGGUCCAAAACCGGCUGUGCUGGGUGUAGGAAGCGGAAAAAGAAGUGUGACGAAGUCCAUCCCAUUUGUGGUUCAUGUAGACAUCGAGGAGAGCUGUGCGAGUGGGGAGUGGUGAAGCGAUAUAAACCAGUGUCGCCUAGUUCUGAAGAAACCACACCCAAAAUACUGGAACUACCAAAGUUGAAUGAUGUGGAACAGACAAGAACGACCCCAAAACUAACUGAAGUAACCCCAAAACUAACUGAAAUAAACCCAAACCUGACCGAAAUAGCUUCAAAACCAACCGAAAUAUUCCCAAAAUUGGUCCUGAUAUCAGAAGAAACAAAAAUCGUGAUCCAGUCGCCAAAAUCUCCCCCCUUCAGUCUGACACCCUCGGACCUUCUCCAGCUCUUUUCCCCGUCCGACUUUCUCGAUUUUGACAUGCCGUUACUAUCAUCGCCGUCUUCUACUUUCAGUCUAUACUUGGACGAAGCUGGUCUUCGUUUGCUCAAUUUCUACGAAAACAAAGUGGCCAAGAUUCUCAGUGUGUCUCCAGAAUCAAGCAACUACUUCUUAAAAACGUUUUUCACCGCGGCUCUGACCGAAGAAUCGCUUAUGCAUGCCCUAGCGGCAUGGGGAGGAGUGUUUCUGGACGGUCACGACAGCCCAGCCGUCAAAUUCCACUUGGAAAAGGCCCGUCAGCUCAUAAGAUCCACCUACUUGAACCGAGAGGAUCUCGAUACCCAUGGGACGUACGUAGCUAUUUGCUACUAUUUGAUUCUGAUGGGCAUCGAUAUAUGUUCUGGAGAUGUUUCCAACUGGUACUAUCUUUUCAACGAGUGUACAAACCUUCUCAAACGACGGGGAGGCAUUGUCAAAUUCUGCCAAGAAAACCAUUUUUCGAACGACUCCAAAUGGUUGAUUUCCAACUUUCAAUUCCACGACGUACUUUCGUCAGCAACCCUCAAAAGAGGCACAUCUUGCGAUAUCGAAGAGUACAGCCGUCUUUUCAACAACUGCUUUGAUAUGGGGUCGUAUGGCGUGGAUCCCUACCAAGGAUGUAUCCAGCCCAUUUUCCUCUUAUUGGGGUCCAUCAUGAACACCAACGUUGAGCUCAAAGAAGAGCGAGAUAAGAUCAACCAGGAAAUGCUAGAAGCCAACAAAAAAGGUUUGAACCUCGACAAUUCGGCCCACCGACAAUUGACGUUGCGACGUAUACGACAAUGCCACGAAGUUGAAGCCCGCUACAACAAACUACUUCUGGAUAUCCAUUAUUGUACUCCCAACCAAAGCCAGAUCUCCCAUAUCAGCCACGACAAAUGUGAAGUGGAUUUGCACUUGACAUUAUUCGAGCUUUAUCGACUCACCUGUCAAAUAUAUCUCUUGCUUUAUAUCAAGCAAACCCAACCACUGUCUUCCGAAGUACAGCUCCAUUUCAUGAACUCGUUGGCUUACAUCGAGAGCUUGAUGUCUUCCAAAUUGGUGCCUUCUCUUCCUAUGCUGUUGUUGAUUUGCGGUAUGUGCUGCUGUAACGAGUACGAUAGAGCUCAAGUUCGCUCCAUUUUCGACAAGCUUCUGGCAACUUAUACAGUUGGAAAUGUGGGCAGAAUAUGGGAAAUUGUCCAAGAAGCGUGGAAACGCAAUCCGCACGGCGAUGUGUGUAUCGACUGGACAGAUAUCUGCGAUGAGUUUGGCUGGAAGUUGAGUGUAUGUUGA